ACCUAGUACUACUAUAUAACCCAAAAAAAACAUCAAAUCGUCUUUCAUCAAACAUCAAAGUAGGUGCGGAUGAACACUUGGUUUGCUUCUGUCGACUUGACCAAAGCUUCUCUGUCUACCCAAAUUCCAAUGGCUACCGUCAAGAAAACGGUUCGCGUCGCCGCUGCUCAGAUGACAUCCGUCAAUGAUCUGAUGGCGAAUUUCAACACCUGCUCUCGUCUCGUCCAAGAAGCAGCAUCGGCUGGUGCUAAGCUGAUUUGCUUCCCUGAGAACUUCUCCUAUAUGGGCGAGAAAUCAGGAGACAGUGUGAAAAUCGCUGAAUCAUUAGACGGGCCAGUCAUGCAACGGUAUUGCUCUCUCGCCAGGGACACAAAUAUGUGGUUGUCUCUUGGAGGCUUCCAAGAAAGAUUUGAUGAUACCCAUUUGUAUAAUACACAUGUCGUGAUCGAUGAUACUGGGAUGAUACAAAGCACUUACCAGAAAAUGCAUUUGUUUGAUGUUGAUGUUCCUGGUGGAAGCUCAUACAAAGAAAGCAGCUUUACGGUUCCAGGGAAGAAUAUUGUUUCCGUAGACAGUCCUGUUGGGCGCUUAGGCCUUACAGUGUGCUACGAUUUGAGGUUUCCAAAGAUUUAUCAGCAACUGAGAUUCGACCAGAAAGCUCAGGUUAUACUGGUACCGUCAGCUUUCACCACGGUCACUGGGGAGGCACACUGGGAGAUUCUUCUCCGAGCCCGAGCUAUUGAAACACAAUGUUAUGUAAUAGCUGCUUCUCAAGCUGGAAAACAUAAUGAGAAAAGAGAAAGUUAUGGGGACACACUGAUCAUUGAUCCGUGGGGAUCUGUGGUUGGAAGAUUACCUGAUCGUUUUUCGACUGGCAUUACCGUGGCAGAUAUUGAUUUUUCGCUGCUUGAGUCAGUGAGAACUAAAAUGCCAAUUGAUAAGCAACGGGUCUCCAUAGAUCUCUAAAUAACCCUGUACGCUUACAUGAGGAGACAUUCUGGAAGGAAGGAAGAUCAAGAAGAUCUCAGAGUGGUGAGGUUAUGAAUGUUGUCUAGUCGCAAAAGGAUUGUUUGAGGUCUAUAUACUUUAUUGUGAGUAGAAUAGAAUUGAGAUUGGCGUCGAUGAGUUUGGAUUAAUUGCUCUUACACAAGAGGGUUCUUUAUCAGCCAAUGUCCAUGAAUUUCAUAA